CACAAAAUGCAGAUUCCCCAUUUGUUCUUCCUCUGUUACAUUGGUUUCUCUCUCGUGUCUGUCGUUUCUGCUGAGACAUUUCUGGGUUAUUAUGAGCAAGAGAUCUUGCUGGCAAUCAAAUCCGACAUUGUUGAUCCAUCCAAUCAUCUCCACGACUGGAAGAAACCAGAGGAUUUUACAGAGAUUGAUGGCUUGGCCCAUUGUAAAUGGACCGGAGUUCACUGCAGUUCAAAGGGGUUCGUGGAGAAGCUUAUUCUCCGUGAAAUGAAUCUCACCGGAAACACGUCGGAUCAGAUUCAGAGCCUCCGUUUUCUGCAAGUCAUCGAUCUUAGUGACAACGGGUUCGAUUCCUCUCUUCCUAAGUCUCUUGCAAAUCUCACUUCCUUGAAGAUCUUUGACGUAAGUGUCAAUAACUUCUAUGGAAGAUUCCCUUCUGGUCUUGGAAUGGCCAGUGGUCUCACUUAUGUCAAUGCCUCUAGCAACGAUUUUUCCGGGUUUCUUCCCGAAGAUCUGGGGAAUGCUACCAUGCUCGAGGUUUUAGAUUUCCGAGGAGGCUAUUUCGAGGGCUCCAUGCCUUCCACGUUCAGGAAACUCAAGAAUCUCAAGUUUCUCGGCCUCUCGGGUAAUAACUUGGACGGGGAAUUGCCGAGGGAGAUUGGUGAGCUUUCUUCAUUAGAGACCAUCAUUCUUGGUUACAAUGGCUUCACGGGCGAGAUUCCAGAAGAGUUCGGGAACCUUACAAAUCUUCAAUACCUUGAUUUGGCUGUCGGAAACCUCACGGGUCAGAUCCCAUCUUCCAUAGGAAAGCUGAAUCGGCUCACGACAGUUUAUCUGUACCGGAACUGUCUCACAGGGAAGAUUCCUCAAGAACUCGGUAACAUUACUUCUCUUGUGUUUCUUGAUCUUUCUGACAACCAGAUUUCCGGAGAGAUACCAAUGGAAUUAGCAGAACUGAAGAGUCUGCAGCUUUUGAAUCUGAUGAGGAAUCGACUCAUGGGAAAAAUUCCUUCCGGUAUCGGUGAACUACCCAAUCUCGAAGUUCUUGAGCUGUGGCAAAACUCUUUCACGGGUUCUUUGCCGGUAAAUCUAGGAAAGAGUUCGCCAUUACAAUGGUUAGAUGUUUCGUCAAACAACCUAACAGGCGAAAUUCCACCGGGAUUGUGUGAUUCCAGAAACCUCACAAAGCUCAUUCUCUUCAACAACUUGUUCUCAGGUACGAUUCCAGAAGGUAUCUUAUCAUGUGAGUCAUUGGUCCGUGUUCGUAUCCAGAACAAUCUAAUUUCCGGAAUUAUACCAGUCGGUCUAAGCAGUUUACCAAAGCUUCAACAUCUGGAGCUAGGAAAAAACAAUCUCACCGGUCUGAUCCCAGAUGACUUAGCUUUAUCUAAGUCGCUCUCAUUCAUAGAUGUAUCCUUUAACUGUCUCUCUUCAUCUCUCCCUUCAGCCAUUUUCUCAAGCCCCAACCUUCAAACCUUCAUCGCUUCACAUAACAACCUCGAUGGAAGAAUCCCUAACCAAUUUCAGGAUUGUCCAUCUUUGUCUGUCCUCGAUCUUUCUUUCAACCACUUCCCAGGUGAAAUUCCAGAAAGCAUUGCCUCCUGUGCAAGGCUUGUGAAUCUCAAUCUCAGAAACAACCAGUUGACAGGAGAAAUCCCCAAAGCAUUAGUCACCAUGCACGUGUUAGCGAUCCUUGAUCUCUCAAACAACUCUCUGACGGGCAAAAUACCCGAGAACUUGGGAGCUUCUCCAGCUCUAGAGAUGGUGAACGUGUCAUUCAACAAACUUGGAGGUCCGGUCCCUUCAAAUGGACUGUUUUCGGCCAUAAACCCUAACGACCUCAUGGGAAAUUCUGGCUUAUGCGGUGGAAUUCUACCUCCUUGCUCUAAAAGUCUGGUUCUUUCUGCAACAGAGAGAAAUCCCAGGAAAAUGCAUGUGAGCCAUGCAAUCUUCGGGUUCAUUGUCGGGACAGCCGUCAUACUGUGUCUCGGGAUGACAUUUUUUGCAGGGAGAUGGGUAUACAGAAGAUGGGAUCUGUAUAGAAACGUUCUGAGAGAAUUCUUGUUCCUCAAGAAACCCCGAGAAGAGUGGCCAUGGCGGCUAGUGGCCUUCCAGAGAGUGAAUUUCACCGCAGGAGACAUCUUAUCACACAUCAAAGAAUCGAACAUCAUUGGAAUGGGAGCAACAGGGAUCGUCUACAAAGCAGAAGUAACGAGACGGCCAUUGAUCACAGUGGCAGUGAAGAAGCUCUGGAAAUCUGCACAGAGAGACGUUGAAGAUCAUCAAGACGAAGAGGAAGAAGACAUCCUCAGAGAAGUGAACCUCCUUGGAAGUCUCAGACACAGAAACAUUGUGAGGCUUCUUGGUUACAUACACAAUGAAAGAGAAGUCAUGAUGGUGUGCGAAUUCAUGCCCAAUGGAAACUUAGGCAAUGCAUUGCAUUCAAAUGAUCAGAAACUCUUACUUGUGGAUUGGGUUUCGAGAUACAACGUCGCAGUCGGUGUUGCUCAAGGGCUGAAUUACUUGCACAACGAUUGCUACCCACCGAUCAUUCACAGAGACAUCAAAUCGAACAACAUUCUUCUCGAUUCGAACCUCGAAGCGAGGAUUGCUGAUUUCGGGUUGGCGAAGUUGAUGCUUCACAAAAACGAGACGGUCUCCGUGGUCGCCGGAUCUUAUGGGUACAUCGCGCCCGAGUAUGGAUACACCAUGAAAAUCGACGUGAAGAUCGAUAUAUACAGCUUCGGCGUCGUUCUUCUCGAACUGAUCACUGGAAAAUCGCCAUUAGACUCUUCGUUCGGCGAAUCGGUCGACAUCGUGGAAUGGGUCCGGCGAAAGAUGGAGAACAACAACGAAGGAAUGGAACAAGUUCUGGAUCCGAGCGUCGCCGGAGAUUGCAGACACGUGAUCGAGGAAAUGCUUCUUGUCCUGAGAAUCGCUCUUCUCUGCACCGCGAAGCUCCCGAAGGAUCGACCCUCGAUCAAAGACGUCAUCAUCAUGCUCGGAGAAGCGAAACCUCGCCGGAAAAGUGUUUGUGAGGAGAGAGGAUUAUUCGGCGGCGAUAGAGAUCGGCCGGUUUUCAGUAACUCCCCGGUGAUAGGGUUGAUCUAGAAGACGGAGGAGGUGAGAGACGGUGCCGCCGGCUGAGAAGAAGGGGUGAUUUAGUAAAUUUGGGUAAAUAGAAGGGUACGUUUGUAAAUUCGAUAACGGAUGU